AUGGCAACUUUAAAUGAGAAGAAGACCUGCAGCGAACGUAUGGCAGAUUUCCGUCGUUUUGUCUGGAAUCCAGAAACAAAGCUCUUCAUGGGAAGGACCUUAAUUAACUGGGUGUGGAUCAGCCUCUACUACCUGGCUUUCUACGUGGUGAUGUCGGGGCUGUUUGCACUCUCCAUUUACUGCUUAAUGAGGACCAUUAAUCCCUACGAGCCGGAUUACCAAGACCAGCUGAAAUCCCCAGGUGUCACCUUACGGCCGGAUGUUUAUGGGGACAGAGGACUAAAAAUCUAUUACAACGUGUCGGACAACAAAACCUGGGAAGGUUUAGUGACAACUCUUCACAAUUUUCUGGCAGCAUAUACACCAGCUGCUCAGCAUCUGAACAUCAACUGCACCAAUAAUACCUACUUCAUCCAGGACACCUUUGAUGGCCCAAAUAAAACAAAACUAUCCUGCAAAUUCACCGCAGACAUGCUUCAAAACUGCUCCGGCAUCACAGAUCCAACUUUUGGAUAUCCAGAAGGAAAGCCCUGCUUUAUUUUAAAAAUGAACAGGAUUAUCAAGUUUUUCCCCGGGAAUGGCACUGCACCAAGGGUGAACUGCUCCUAUGUGGGUGAGGAGGAGUCUCGCCCGCUGGACGUGGACUACUACCCUGUGAAUGGCACCUUCAACCUGCACUACUUCCCCUACUACGGGAAAAAGGCCCAGCCCAGCUACAGCAAUCCCUUGGUAGCUGUGAAAUUUCUCAACAUUACGAGGAAUGUAGAAUUUAAAAUAGUGUGCAAAAUCAUUGGAGCUGGAAUUACCUACAAUGUUCAUGAUCCGUAUGAAGGCAAAGUGGAAUUUAAACUGAAAAUAGAAGACUGA